AUGAACAAUGUUCAAAUUAAAUUCGAUAUUACUAGUCAUAGACCAUCGUAUGGUUCACGUGAAGUUCCAUUCACGAGAAUAGCACAUUGUACACAUCGAAAAGGCAAUCUAAUAGAAAUGUUACAUACAGCAGCUGAUAAUGGAUCCAAAAUACAUUUUAAGGGAAAAAAACAUAGUAAUUAUGAAAAAUUACCGGCUUUAAGUUGGUGGGGUAUUAUACCUGAUAAAAAGUCUAUGCUUGGACAUUCAGUUACUCAUUUUAAUACAGAUCGUUCAAAUACUUUUAAAGACAGCAAUCGGUAUGGUCCAAUCUGUUUUUCUAUACCAUUAGAAAAUGUACAAGGUGAAUUCUAUUGUGGUGGUACUCGUAUAUUUACACAUGAAUAUGCACAUACAACUAUUAUUAACAUUAACAAGAAAUAUAUUCCAGAAAAAUAUUCGGAAAGUAAAUUUCGACGUGAUUCAGAAGUAGAUGAUCGAAAUACAGCACUUUAUUCUAUUAUUCCAGAAAAUUUAAUUAAUAUUUAUGGUGGUAAUCGUUAUUUAUGGCGAUGUUAUCGUUGGGGUAAUAAUGAAGAUUCGAAUAAAAUCAAUUAUAAAUGGGAUCAUCCAGAGUUUGCAAUUGUUGCUGGCAAGGAUGGUUUUGAUUUUACUGCUGCUCAAGGUUGA